CACAGAUUGAGACAGAGAACUCUUGAAAGGUAAACGACGAAGAGGAAGAAGAAGAAACGAAAGAAAUGUCGAAGUCCUGCAAGGGUCUUGCCAUGGAACUGGUCAAGUGCCUUAGUGAAUCCGACUGUGUUAAGGUUGAGAACAGGCCGUAUAGGGAAUGUGCUAAGGAGAAAACCCCUUUAAUUUCCAGUGAAUGUGUGGGACUAAGGGAAACAUAUUUCAAUUGCAAGAGAGGCCAGGUUGACAUGAGAGCUCGAAUACGAGGCAAUAAGGGCUACUAAUUGGAAGAGUAUUCUCACACGUCCUGUCUGAUUUAACCGGGCGAUGAUUCACUUGCUUAGCUUGGUGCAUGGUACUUGAUGAGUGAAUUAAAACAACAGGCUAAAUACUUUCUUCUGAGACUAAAAAUAGGACUUCUGGGAACCCUUUCAAGAGAGCUAAACAUAAGAUAGUAUGUGUAUUAAACUUUGAUGUUUGGUGUUGAUUGAACUAUGCUGGGGACAGAUAGUUGGUUUCCGUUAUGUUUGAAUUGCUUGGAGGCAACUAUAAUCUUAUUUCUUUUUGUUCACUGGUUGUAGUAAAGGACCAUAAGCUUCUUUAUUCUGCUGCCUCUGCGCGUAUGCUGCGAUCUUCUUCUCCACCAUUUUCAGUGGCAGACUGAUAGGUUAUUGGAUAAAUUACUUGUAGGAACCUGGAUUAGAUUAGAUGCAUGAUGAACUUUCAUCUGUUCAGGAUUUCAAUUUCCUUAUUCUGAUCGCUCUAAUACAUAAUGAUGCUUGCAAAAGAUCA